AUGACCGCGCCCAGUCAGACCGCACAAUCAUCAAAACAGGCCGAAGAGGAGGCUCAGAUCCGCCAUGUCAUCCAGAACCUCGAAGCCAUCAACCGCAAGCUUGGUGAAGCCGAUCCCACCGAGAUCAUCGAAUGGGCGAUCGACAACCUUCCCGGUCUCUACCAGACCACCGCUUUCGGCAUCACCGGUUGCAUCACCGUCGACAUGAUCUCACGCAUCUCCGAACAGCGUGCUGCCAAAGCCGGCGUGCCUGCCAAGCACCUCGUCCCCCUCAUCUUUGUCGACACGCUAUACCACUUCCCUCAGACGCUCGAUCUGGCCCACAAGGCCGCCAAGCACUACAACGCCGAGAUGUUCACCUACUACCCUCCCGGCACAAACACCGUGCGCGAGUUCGAGGACAAGUGGGGACCACAACUAUGGGAGAAGGACGAGGACACGUACGACUACCUGGUAAAGGUGGAACCUGCCCGUCGAUCUUACGAAGAGCUCGGCGUACGAGCCGUAUUCACCGGUCGUCGUCGAUCUCAGGGUGCCGACCGGGCCAGCUUGAAAGCGGUCGAAGUGGACGAGACUGGGUUGGUGAAAGUCAACGCACUGAUGAACUGGUCCUUCGGUCAAGUGGACGCGUACGCGAAAGCGAACGCUGUGCCUUACAACGAGUUGCUCGAUCUGGGAUACAAGUCGAUCGGCGACUGGCACUCGACAGCGCUGCCCGGUUCGGGCGACUCUGGUGAACGCGCUGGCAGGUGGAAGGACAAGGCCGGCAAGACCGAGUGCGGCCUGCACAAGGAUUACUUCAAGAUGAAGAACCUCGCAGAGAAGAAGCUGCGUGAAGCAGAGCUCGCACGCAAGGACGAGGCCAAGGACAAGAUCGCUGCCGAAGCACAAAGCGCCGCGCCAGCCGCCGUCGUAUAG